AGACAUAUUGUCCAAUGUAAACGGCUGAUGACGGGUUCCCCAACUGUUAUAUCCUAUCUUAUGCGGAACAUUCUCCUCCUUUUCCAUCCCCACAGAGAAUUUGAGGAAAACGAAAGACAGUUUAAAAGAAAAGACCAAUAAUCCUCUUCAGCACUUCUGCUUUUCGAUGAACAAUGGACACAAUCAUUUGUCAACCAUUCAUUUUUUAGUGUUUUAGUUUGUUUGGCCGGCUGAUGUUUAUUUGGAAACCUUCAUUAUUUCUGUUUUAUGAAACUUUUGUCGCAUUUCUAUCUCUAAACUUUUGUCGCAUUUCUAAUCUUCCAUUUCAGUAUAUUAGUAAACAACAAUAUAUGAAAAGCAAACCGUUUUUCACAGUGUGGUCACUUUCAAUAUAAAAAUAAGUAUUAUUCCCUGUUGCCAAGCACAAGCCUCUCCAAUCCACGCUUGCAUGGUGGAUGGAGAGGCCCACUUGUAUCUAACUCCUUACUCAUCUUCUUUCUUGGCCCCCAAUGUAACCAAAAUGACCCCUCCAAACCUGUUGUUAGACUUAGUAAAGUGAAAGCCAAGAAACACAUCCAAAUGAUGAUAAAGAUGGAGUCUAAUAUAAUGUAUUACCCAGGAUCUGCAUCUCUUCAUACCAAACACCUCACUUGUACAUUUUAACCAUUUAAUUUUCUACAAAUCUUAGCACUCCCUUAUCAUUUAAGCUGAGCUGAUGCAGAAUUUGAGGUUCUAGAUGUUCUAUAUAGUUUUGUUUAAUAGGAAAAUACUGUCCACCCGACCAUUUAAAAUGUCGUAUUAACAAUCUAGUUGAUUGCAGUAUUUUAAUGUUUUAUGUAAAAGUAAAUUCGCAACAUACCAUAUAGAAAGAGAGAGAUGCCUUUGAAGUAGGAGAUAAUUCAGGAAGUUCCUACAAUAGGAUUGGAAACAGGCUGUUUAUCCUUGUCAGAAACUUAUGCAACAUUCGAUAUAUAGUUUUCCAGAUAACUCAUCCAUCUGAAUCAAUUUAUCAAUUCUGCCACUGAAAUUGGCAGCAAUUGUUUGCUGUUGCUAUAAUUUGCCGAGGUACCCACCACAGGAUUCGUCCAAUUUGGAGGUAUCCAUCAUAUGAUUCCUGUAAUUUUGGAAGUGCUCAUCACAAAAUUCAUCUAAUUUGGAGCUACCCAUCUGCCCUGCCCAGCGCAAAUGAUAAAACUGAUGGGUGUACUCAUAAUCUGUUCUUCAUGCUUUCUGCAUUUGGGUUAGUUUUGCAGGAAGUGAUGGGUUUUGAUAGUGACGUGUUUGUCGUUUGAUGAUUUAAAGAGCAAGUUUUGCUAGGAAGAAUUGCAGAAUUCCAGGGCUAUAAACUCGAGGAGACAUGGCAAGCAGUGCAACAUCUCAUGGUGCACCUCCUCAUGUGUUUCAAAGGGCAGAAAUUGACACUACAGCACCAUUUGAGUCAGUGAAACAAGCAGUUAGCUUGUUUGGAGAGAGAGUUCUUGGAGGACAAAUAUAUGCAAAUAAGAUUAAGCUUCCAGUUGGACAGAGGCGGAUAUCAAAGGAGACAGAACUGCAUCUAGUUCAAAAGGAACUAGCAAAAUCGAAGGACCAGCUCAAAAUUGCGGAGGGCACAAAGGUUCAGGCACUUGUUGAGCUUGAAAAGGCCAAGAAAGUGGUGGAAAGUUUGACUUACCAGCUAGAUAAGACAAAGGAAUCGAAAGUAAAAGCUAAUGAGGCCUCUGAAAACGCCAGACUCUGUGCAGAAGAGCUAGUUGCUGCAAACAUGAAAAGUAAAGAGCGUGGGAUUACAGUUUGGCAGACAGAGUUUGAUUCUGCAAGAGAGCAUCAUAGUAAUGCUGCAGCUGAGUUAGAAGCUGCCAAGAAGGAGCUUCGAAGAAUCAAACAACAGCAUGCAACUUCCUUGGAAACCAAAUUAUCAGCAAUCAAACAGGCAGAAGAUGCAACUCUUGCAAAAGAAAUGAAUGCUAAUAAAGCAAAGGAGAUUUCAAUGGAAAUUGCCAAAGCUAAUGAAUCACUUGUUCUUGUUAAAUUAGCUUCCAUAGAAGCAGAGAAGGAAAAAGCUGCUAUUCUAAAAGAAAAAGAGGUUGAACUUGAUACACUUAAAUCUGCACAGAGUGCAGAAAAAAUAUAUGAAAAUAUGGGUGCUUUGAAGGAGGAACUUGAUGCUUCAAAGCAUAAAGAGGCAAUGUUGGCCAAAACAUCUGUUGAAAUAGAAAAUUUGCAAAUAGAGCUAGAUUUAGCAAAAGAGUCUCAGUCCAAGGUUGCUACAGCUUGUUUUGAUGCCAAAAAAACUAUGAGUUUGGUAGAAUUGGAGACUCAGAAAACAGAACAAACUGUGUCUGAUGCAAAUUCUUCAAUAGAAUCUAAGGUUGUGGAGCUUGAGGAAGCAAAAGAGAAUCUGAAGAAAGCUAGAGAAGAGAGUUUUUCUCUAAAAGCUUCAUUGAAUUGUGUAAGGGAAGAACUGGGGCAGGUAAGGAAGGAACUUGCUGAAUUAACUAAGAGAGAGUCAGAAGCAGAAGCGACAGCAGCAUCUUUGAAUGCUGAACUUCAUAAAAGCAGAUCACGAGUAGCAGCUGCUGCAGCAGCUGAAGCAAAGGCGAAAGGUGCUACAUCAGGUCUGUCACUGGCUCUACAACAACUGGCCUCUGAAGCUGAAGAGGCUAAGAAAGAGGCCGAAGCAAUGAGAGAAGAAGCUCAAAAGGCAAGGUAUGAAUCUGAUCAAGCAAAGGCAACUGUUACAGCCAUUGAGAAUAAAUUGCAAGAUGCUUUAAAGGAGGCUGAGGCAGCUAAAGCAGCAGAGAUAGUAGCAAUUGAGAGAAUAAAAGCACUCUCUGAGAAAACAAAUGCUGCACGAGCUUCUACUUCAGAUUCUGGUGCUGGGAUCACAAUUUCACAAGAUGAGCAUGAUUCCUUAAAUAGGAGGGUUAAAGAAGCAGAUGAACUUGCAGAUAUGAAGGUGGGUGCAGCUAUGGCUCAAGUUGAUGCAGUAAAAGCAAGUGAACAGGAAAUCUUGAAGAAAUUGCUAAUUGCGAAUCGAGAAAUUGAAGAACUGAAGUCCGCAGAAGCACAAGCAUUGCAAAAGGCAGAGAUGGCUGAAGCAGCCAAGAAAGCAGUUGAAGGUGAGCUAAGGAGAUGGAGAGAGCGUGAACAACGGAAGAGGUCUGUAAAAUUUGAAACUGCACAAGAGUUAACAAACACUGGAAACAAUGAUUCUUCCAGGUCAUUCAUACAAAAUAAAUCGAUUCACCCCGAAUCACUUGCUGAGGUGCUGAAUAUAAAGAUUCCCUCUCCUGGACAACUACAGGGUGGACAAUCUGUUGAUGCCUAUGUUUCUCAGAAAAAGAAGAAACAUCUCAUUCCCAACAUUGGGCGCAUAUUUAGUAGAAACAAAAGUCAAUUGAAUGAUAGUUCUCUUAAAAAUCAGUUUUGAGAGAAUGUUACAUGGCUUUGAGUUUAAGCAGCAUUUGUAGCAAUCUUAAUUUGCUAAUGAAAUAUCAACUUCUUCACCAUCAGUUUGUUGGAUGAGGUUCCAUUGAUGUGUAGCAGCAUAUGGAGGUGGAACACAUUUAAUGCAUUCUUUUAUCUGCAGUCUCCUCAGUUUCGUUCUGUCUGCAGUGAAAUAUGUGACUUUCUAGCAAUGUUUCAUUAUUCAAUAUGAAAAAAACUUCCUGUACAUGUUUCUUGCACAGAAAUUUCCUAGCCUGAAGCCAAAUAAAUGUGUAUUUGUGACUUUACAAAGUUAGUCUGAUAGCAAGCCUAUUACUGUAUAGACACUGUUGGUUCUGUUAAAGGCUAUAAAAUGUUUGACCCUUAUCGAGUAAGUGCUUUGCUUGGUUUAUUCGGUAGUGAAAGACUUGGCAAUGUAAGCUUAGAGUUUUGGAGAGAACUAUUUUAAAAUAAAUAUUCAUAUUAUUUCAAUCAACAUUUAUGAAAUAAUGAUCUCGUGA